CCUUCAACCUCUGCGGUGUGCUGGGUCGAAGAUGUUCGAGAACAGGCUUGGAAGGGGCAGCACCGUCGAUCGGUUGAUGGCUCGGGUCACAGCACCCCACGGUGGUCCAACGGCAAUAGCCAAGUAUGAAGUACGUGCAGUACUGUUCCCCUGCACAGACCCAACCAGCUGGAAAACGAGACUACUGACUGAAACGCAGUUAUAUGUGUGGAUGUUGCAGUCGAACACGACAAGACUGGACAGAAUCCCAAGCUUAAUUAUCAGCAUAUCCACCAAACGACAACAACACCGAUACCAAACUCCUCAUGGCCAACGAUCGUCCGCGUGAGCCAGACGGGAGCUCGAGAAAUCUCAAAAGGACUCGAUCGGAGGUGAUUGAAAUCAGUAGCGAUGAGGAUGGCGACCCAAAACAAGCAGCCGAUCGCCAUCGAACCAAGAUCGGAUCCCGAGAUCUCUCCAGUAUCCCGCCCGCCGCCUCAAGCGCCUCCAAACCUCAAUCAGUCCUCCAAAACAAGCCCGAACGUUACAAGCUAGAGUAUGAAAGACUGGCCCGACAACGCGCUCGAGAACUCGCGGCAAACCCUUCUGCAUCCUCCUCCUCCUCGCUCAGCCCAGCAGUUACCCCUACCGACCAAGGCCCUAAAGACUCGGAUCCAUCCAAAUCCGAGCCCUUCCCUAAUUAUUGGAAUUCUGCUAUCAAGGUGACCUUCAACGAUUGGUACCCUGAUUGUCCUAACGCGCUUCGAAUAGAAGAUAUCAUUGGACCGAAAGAUCGGAUCAAAAUGGCCUUGGUCAGCUCUUACGUUCUUGAACUCCCUUGGAUCCAUAAACUGUUCAAUCCAAGGACUCGGAUCAUGGUUAUCAGGCACCACACAGACUGUGGGUCGUUUAAAGUUAAUGAACGUGCGAACAUGUUCUUGUGCCAUCCCCCAAUGCUCAAAACUGCCAACGGUAACGCCAAACCCGGCUGUAUGCAUAUCAAAUUCUUUAUUAUAUUCUACGAUAAUUUUUGUCGAGUUGCGAUUCCGACGGCAAACGCAGUCUCGUUCGAUUAUGAAUUUGUUGAGAAUGCAAUUUGGAUCCAAGAUUUCCGACGGUUCAGUGGAAAUACGAUCGGAUAUAACAGUAGACGAUCUGAUGACGUGCCCCCGUUUCGAAAAACUCUUGACGACUUGCUCGACCGGAUGGGAGUCCCUCUCCCAUUUCGUAAACCACUGGAGGAUCAUGAUUUCCGCUCAGCGGCUGCAAAUUUGGUAGUUUCUGUUCAAGGCACCCAUCCCGCGAAUUCACCGAUGGGGCAAGCUCACUUGGCAGAGCAGUUGAAAACUCUUGGACUCCAGUCAGGACCGGGCACUGGCCGGACAGCUACACUGGAAUGUCAGGGUUCAUCAAUCGGCAGUUACGAUUUGAAGUGGCUCAAUAACUUUUACCGUUGCGCAUCUGGUUCCCCGCCAACAGCUAGUACUGAAGAUCCAGACUUGCAGACUAAGACGCCCCCGCUCUCAGUGCUAUACCCGAGCCUUCAUACCGUCCGAAAUAGUCACAGCGGGAAGGCUGGAGCUGGGACGUUAUUUUGUAACAAAGCCACUUGGGAAAAGGCGAAUUUUCCAACCCAUAUCUUUGCGGAUACCAUGUCCAAACGUACCGGAGUUUUAAUGCAUGUUAAGAUGAUCUUGGGUCUAUUCAACUCUGACUCAUCGGCGGAGUCGACUAGCUCAACACUGGCUACAGCUAGUGUUGAUAAGUCUGGUGCAAGAGAUGGGAGGAUUAAUAAGGAUCACGCUGGCUUCUUGUACAUUGGCUCUCAUAACUUUACUCCAGCCGCUUGGGGCAAGUUCAACUCGAAAUCGGGCUCCGAUGAUUCUACUUCACUGGAGAUCAGCAAUUGGGAGUUGGGGGUUGUGUUACCGGUCAAGUCACAUGCCCAGGCUGAGGAAUAUGUGACUUGGCAGAGGCCAACGAAACCCUAUGGACAUCGUGGGAAGGAUACUUCGAUCCCAUGGAUGCAAUUCUCACAUGGGCGUUGAGCUUGUUGUAAACUGAAGUAUUUGAUAGCUAUGUAGAGCUGGGAUUGAUUGUUUGAAUUAUGUGUACGAUCGUUAUUAUUUAUUUAUUUAGCUAGUUCUUCUUCAUGAUGAUAGAAAUCCAAGACGCGUUUUUUUUUCUUGUUCUUGUUCUAAUUCUCUGAUCGGAUGUUGUCGAAGUAAAUAUAAAUGGAAUUGAGAGCCUGCUCUUUGGCUUGUAUUGCUUGAUGAGAUCUUGAUGGUGUUGUGUUUGAUGUGAUGUCAUAGUG